AUGGGCUGCGAGCUGAGCAAACUGGCCAGCACGAAGUCGCGCAACCAGAACGGAAACGAUGGCGUGUCGCCUCCGCCGCCGGCCGCCACGGAUCCACGACUUCCGCUCACGGCCCGGCAAAAAUUUACAAUUAUCGCUAGCUGGAAAGCGGUAUCCAGAGCGCUCGAGCCAACCGGAAUAUACAUGUUUAUAAGAUUAUUUGAGGAGAACGCGGAGUUGUUGAACAUGUUCACGAAAUUCCGUGAUCUCAAGACGAAGGAGCAACAGUCGUCGAGCAUGGAACUGGCCGAGCACGCGAAAACGGUCAUGACUACUCUCGACGAGGGAAUCAAGAGCCUGGACGACAUGGACACGUUUCUGUCAUAUCUCCAUCAGGUCGGAGCCUCCCACACAAAGAUACCCGGUUUUAACCGGCAAUAUUUUUGGAAAAUCGAGAAACCGUUUCUGGAUGCGGUGGAGCGCACGCUGGAUCACCGAUACUCGGAGAACGUGGAGAGCAUUUACAAGCUGACGAUCAAGUUCAUCAUCGAGACGCUGAUCGACGGCUUCGACAAGGCGCAGGGCGCGCAACAGAUCGACAACGCACAACAGAGCGAUAAGGCCAAGUCCUAGUCGUCCUAGUCAGGCAAAAGAUCCGGCACGCGAGCGAUCAAUCUUGCGAGAUGUCGACCGCCCUCGGCUCGCUCUCCCCGCGACUCGAACAUGGGAAUAACAGCCAGUUGCUGCCGAGUUUUCGGAAGACGACGACGACGACGACAACGACAAAACGGAAUCGUCGUUCCCGCACCGUCGUCCAGCCCUCGUCUCUCCGUUUCACGACGAAUAAUUCCCAGAAAACGCGGACACAUGCGAGCGCGUUUACGUUGUCGCGCUCGCCGGCCUGAGCGAUCAUAUUUUCCCCCUCGAGCGGGUCUCGUCAUUAUCCGGAUAUUAAUCGCCAAUUAAUCCCUUCGGGACUUUUCUUCGCGGAACGCGUCGCAACGCGAAGUGAAAGAAAUUGCGCGACUCUCCCGACGAUCGAAGGGGAACUCUCCGCCCGAUCGAUUUUGCUUAAUUGAAUUUUUGACGCCGCAAGGCGCGCAAAAGUAAUCUCUAUUUGAGCGAAUGCACUUAUAUAUGCGACGAGACGUCGAAAAGUCUCUUUUUAGACGUCGUUUUAUCAUUUAUAUAUGUGAUCUACAUAUUAUACAUAUAUUUAUAUUGUUAUAUUUCGUAAAAACGAAAAUGACGAUUGGUAUAUAAAAUACAAAUUUUUUCUAAACAUUGAAAAUUGAAUAUAACAGUGAUUAGUUCGGACGUGCCUCUUUUUUUUUUUUAACUCGAGAAUACUUUCGCAAACGUGGACUUUAAUCCGAAUUCAAUCCUACUCGUCUCUUUUCGCGCGGAAAUUACACCGAAACGAAGAGCGUAUAAGCGAAAACCGAAGUUCGAGUCGUUAAUUUGAAGUUUAUCUGAAAACUAUCGGGCGCAAUCUCGAUCGGAUCUUCCACGAUAAAGUGCCCCCGCAAGAGAGGAACAAUUAAUCUUUCACGCAAUGUCGCUUUCACACAUCCGUCUCUCUCCAGUUUUAUAAUUAACGUAUAUAUUUAUUCUCUUUGUGUAAAAUAUUCUCAGAAUGAAAACUCGUUAUACAUAACAAAAGCAAACGAUAUAUACAUAUAUAUAUACGGCAUGUAUACAAAUUCGCGUUUGCGAGAAAAAUUUAUGAAAUUCGUGGCGUGAGAAAAAUAUUUCGAUUUUUAUUUUUAUUCGGAGAAUUUAUUGCUCCAUCGGAAAUACACUCGUAUUACUUGCGUAAUUCCGCAAGAAACGCGAUAUAAAAAAUUAUAUCGGGAAAAGCAACCGUUGUCAUUAAAAUUUAUUUGAUUUUUUUUUUUUUUUUUUUUUUGAACGAGUAGACAUAUCUUGCAACGAGAAUAAAUAAAUUCCAGAGUUGUUAUUUACUGCAAAUUAAUUUAAUUUUUGUUCUACUCCGAAGAGUAGUUAUUUACGCAAGCACGAAAUUCACUUUGUAGCUCAUGAUUUUUAGUAGUUUUAAUGGACGAAAUAUUUUCGUGCGCGCGCGCACGAAACAUAUUCGGCGGAAGUAAAGCGCGAUAUGACGCGUGUGUCGUUAUUGAUCAGACGCGGAGAAUUGCAGGAAAGAGAGCUUGAGAGCUUAUCUCCUCUCCGCGUGAGAGGAUCGCGAUCUUUUUAAGAGGAUUGCUGCAACGUAACUUUGGUCAACGACAUGAUAUACUUCGCCACGAGAGAGCGGGAUAAACAGGAAUGAAGGUCCUUAUUACGAUACCCAUUACACGCAAAAUGAGAUCCCCGACUGACCACUUCAACCUACUCUCGUGAGAUGAUCACCACGGCCGUUUUAAGGGUCCAUUAAGAACGCAAGAACUCUAUUAACUCCCUCUGCGGUUUAUUGCGAAGCUGAUGCGUUAACAGAUAUAACGGCGACUCUUUAUACAGUUCAUCAAUUAUAUCGCGCGUACAUUUACUUCGUAAACAAUAAAUUGAGAUCUUACGUGAGUGAAAAAAUGGUUCGUUCCGAAUCUCGCCUCUCUUGUGCGGGAUUUUUUUCUCUCCCGUCAAAACCUUUUUGUAUACACAGACAUCAAUUUUUUUUAUUUCGCUAAUUAAUUAAGUUGAAAUAUCUUCUUUUGCUUCACAGCUUGUGGUAAAUUGAAUAAAUUCUAACGAACCGGAUAAAAAUUUUGUAUUAACUGCGGGCGGGCGUUUUCAUUAGAAAAAUCCUUUUACGUAUUUCUAUCCAAAAUAAAAGGCACACGUAAACAUUAUGCACAAAGUAGAUAUUAUUUAUCAUAAUUGUACGAUAUUACAUUGUUAGUUGUGUGAUUCUCGCGUAUGGAUGAAAAGCCAAAUUUUAAUUAAUCUCUCGUGCUUAAAGUGGGAAGAUAAUGAAAAUUCUAAAUUCUAAAAAAAACUUUCAAAAUUUUUGGGGACUGAUGAAAAAAAAAUUUGUAAGCCGUUUAACGUUGAAUAAUCGCAAACCCGGUCCUACGUACAAAAAUUGAUUUGAAAGAUCAGCACGUCCAUGAAUUUUACACUUUUUUAAGCCGAAUGUCGAUACUCCAUCACACAGUAUUACUAGUCAAUAUAUGUGUAUAUAUAUGUAUUGUAUAUAUAUAUAUAUAUUGUACGAAUUGCAAACGUGUGUGCGUGUUCGGAUAUUAUUAUUUACAACUGCAUCGUCGCACCGGGCGCCGAAAAAGGCGAAUAUUUCGGAAUCAUUCGCAAUUUUAAUCGCGUGAUAUUUUCCAAAUAUUAUAUAUACAUGUAUUGUUACCGGAAGUUUACGCAAGAUACGCCGGUGUUUCAAACAACCCGCAUUCAGACACUCGCGGAUUCCGCGCGUUCACCGAUUUACACACACGCGUGUCUGCCUUCCAAUGUGCAUGACACUCGAUAAUUGACACAAACACCGGCCGAUCAACACGCCUCGGAUGCUGCCUUUAUCCGCGCGAGAACCUUGGAUUACAUAAGUAUCACGCAGGGAUACAUCAGCCCCGCAAUGCGAAAUGGAACGCGCCAGUGUAUGCAAAUGCGCGCGUUGUCUUUGAACGAGGUCGCGGUUGCUCGCAAAAAUGCGGAUAUUACACACGUUUGUUCGUUUAUCGUCAAGAGGGAGAGGCCCCCGCCAUCUUGUAAUAUCUCGCGUGGUUUUAAAAAAGUGCGCGAGAGGCAUUUUUGCGUAAUGAAAUUUUUUUAUGAAAAUUUCUAUCAUUUGGUUAUUGGCAAAAAUUUGCGUACGUCAAUUAUGCGAGAGUUUUUCUCUGUCGCGAUAUAUUUCCGAAAGAAACUGCCGAUCACAUCACAAAUAUUGUUCAUCAAUUUUAUACGCACAUGUUCGCUAAUGUAAAUUAUAUAUACUUGACAGAUCGCGUUGUCGAUAAAAGAAGACAGACAAGUUUGCGAGCUCUUUUCGGAGUCUCUUCUGUUUUUGUUUCGCUAUAUGGAGGUAAAGCGAUAUUUAAUAUAAAAGCAUACGCGACUUGUAUGGUUCUCCUUGUUCGUGUUCUCGUCGCGAGAUCGAUCGCGGCGAUUGCAGGUGACACGUAAAACGGAGAGAGACAAGCGGAAAUUAUUGAUAUACCAGAAAUCAAUCACCGAAUUGUUAUGGCGAACGAUCGUCAUGAUGACGAAGACCAACUAAAUUACGUACAAAAUGCUCGAGAAACCGGAUAGAACUGGUCUCUCGUCUUUGAGUUGUUUUAAGUUUUAAUUUUAUUUUACCGCGUUCGACGACUUGUUAUUUUAUAAUUUUCAGUUGUCUACCUUCACAUCAUCUUUUCAAAAACAGAAGUAUAAAAUAUUCUUGAGUCUCGUACCAUAGAAAAACAAAUUGCAACGUAACCGUUACGCUUUCUCAAUCAAUUCUCUUGUUUUUUUUUUUUAUUUUUUGUCACGACGAAACGAAUGUCAAGUGAAAAGCCAUUGCGUUGCGUUAGUGGCGGAAAGCGACAGAACCCUUCGACCGUCAAAGGGAGAACUUGUAUAAAUUUUUACUCGUAUACGUAAGAUAGGAAUAAGUGUGGACGUUAGGGUAAAACAGCCCUUCGCGCGAUGUCAAUUUUCCUAGGAGGUUUCGAAAGGGCGGAGAGAAAAGCGCCCCUCCUCCGUUCUUUGUAUCUUCCUCGCCAUAUUUAUCUAUCUGUGUUACUCUCUGAGGUCCGAGUGAUUUGAUUUACGUUGAUCUCUCUACGGGAAAUCGUACAUAUCCUUGACAAAAAGAUUCGACACGCACGUUAACGACUGCGGGACAUGACAAGAAAAACGUUUUUCAAACGUGCGAAACGUAUUGCUAAUAAUUUAUUAGAUCCCGUCUCUCUCUUUUAUCGCAAUUAUUUCUUUAUCGACUUAAUAAAAAGAAGUAAAAUUAAUUUUUGCGUUUAAAGACUGUUAAAAUUUUUAAGACAACUUUGACAUUUAUUAUCUCGGUUAAAGAAAGAGAUAGAGAAAGAAAGAGAGAUGCGGUUUGUUAACGCGCGUUUUUAAGAAAUGCUAUUUUGUCACCGAAUUAUACAUUUUCAAGACACGGGGAAUGAAAAUUCCCUGGGGAUGAUAUUUAAAACCGAGUUACCUAGCGUCUCAGACAUUCGUCUCUCUAGAAGAAACUCGCUCCGAGUAUUUUGCAUCGAAAGAUAGAGAACUAAGAAUAACGACCUACUUGUUCUCUUGCGUUCUUCUUUAAUCGCGAUCAUUAAUACUUCGUCGCAGGACGAAGAUAAAUUGCACGGCAGAAAAACAAACGACGACAAAAGAUAGAUUUUCUUUGUUGAUGUGUUUAGCGGUCCGCUCCCUUUUAUUACGGCGCGUUACAUUGGCUCGAUCUCUCUCUCUCUCUCUUUCCCUCUAUCUCUCUUUCCUCUCUCUGUUAAUGUCAUUAACUUUGUCAAACCUCACAAAUGAUCAAACUAACCGUCGCGCACGUAGAAACUUUCAGCGGGACGAUAAAUAACAAAAAAGAGAGAGAGAGAGAGAGAGAGAGAGAGAGAGAGAGAGAGCGUGUCGCGAAAUCGAUUUUACGGCGGAGACACGACACAGCGAGUGUUUUUUUUUUCGAAUCUAUACUUCAAGCACACGUUGAGCGCAAAUAAAUGGCCAUUUUCCACAUCUCUUGAACCCGAAUUAAAUUAUCAUUCGCUCUACACACGCGACGCAAUUUAUUAUUAAAAUUUAUCGUAGAAAAAGGCGCUAAAUAUUAAUGCGAGAAGCGUCUAACAGAAAGAAAGUCUGUGUAGAAAAUUUAUUUCACCUUGUAAGAAAAAUAAUUAAAAUGUUUACAAAACCAAUACGGAGCUAAUAAUAACAACAGAAUGGUCGUGUGGAUUAAUAUUAAUGUAAAAACAAAUAAAUAAAUUGAUUGUCGUUAGUAUUGGCUCGUAUCGGUCUCUUAACAUUUUCAAUAGAAAGUCUUUGCUGUGUCGUGCUUGCUUCAAAUACAUUUAUAAAACGCCAUAUAUAUUUGUUAUAAAUUGGUGUCGUUUCUUUCAAUGCAAUGUAUUCGACGUAUUCGACGUAUUCGAAACACGUUGUGCUAAAAGUGUACGUAACACGAUAAACUUCCGAUCGACGCGAGCCACGUUUGACUCGUGUCACGUUUCGCGGUCGUCGUUUUGUCAAGAACAGAGGAAGAACGUGUGUGUACCUCAGAGAGAAAGAGUGCGUGUGUUCAAUAGAAAGAAAAACGGAAAAUAAGCGGAAUCAUGUAAGAGGGUGCGUUGCACUGAAAAGCGUUGAUCGUAAGUAUUUAAAAAAAAAAAAAAAAAAAACCUAAAAUUGUCAAACGAGUAAUUGUACGCGCGUAUCUCAUGUGAACGCACCCUCAUAUUCCACCGAGACGUUAAACUCGAUUGACAAAUUAGGUAAAAUAAUUAUAACGCACCCGCGGUUCGCGACGUUUUUCACUCUGUCUCUCAUCGAGAUUCGAUGAUUUAUUUUAAUACCGAGUACGUAUGAAAACUACUUGGGAACAAAAUCAACGACUGCACGUUUUAUAUGAAAGAGAAUAAGUAUUGCGAUUGUCGCUAACGUUUCUUUGUAAUUAAUUUGAAUUCAAUCCAAUUGAAUUUUAUUCAAUUUAAUUAACAAAUUAAGAACAAGUUAUAGGAUUCUUGAGAUGUAAAAUCAAACGCACGUGUAAAUAGAAAGGCGUGUAUCGCGAAAUUGUUAAGUGACGUAUAUACGAUGUCAUUAACCAGCUUUCGCCUCGAUAUCGAUCUCGAAAGCUCCGAGCUUUAAUCGAUCGAGCGACGAGGUAACCGAGCGCGUAAUAAUAAAAAUAUUAUUUUCACUCGGCGAUAAGAUCAAUCGAAACGAUAUACCUUAAGUGGUCACUUAGCGGUGCAUUUACCCUGGCGUUAAUUUGCAUUUCUCGGUUUUUUACUCCAGUCGCGAUAUCGGCGAACAUCACGAAAGUCGUUCACCAGAGCCCUCGACUUACUUUCCCCGCCGGCGAACCGCGAUUGCGCCGCGAUAAAUGUUGCAUGAAAUGAAUAUUAAGAGUCUGUGUAUAUAUAAAGCUGUGUCGCAUGAGAAGAUCGCGGACCACAUUAGGCGAAGAGACUUUUUUCCCCACUCCCGAAAUAUAACUUAGGGACUUUGCCGGGCAUCAAAUACAAACAUCAAAAUAUUGAAGACCAACAGCUUUUUCAAACAAAAAAAAAAAAAAAACAAUAAAAUAAGAAUUGGCAGAAGAACAUUUGAAGAGUAAUAAUUGAAAGAUAAAUAAAAAGAGGACGUUAGUCUUUCUUUCUUCUCUUUUCAGAAGGCCAACACACUCGCAAUGAGUAAUAAUCUAAUCGUUAGACGAAAAUUUUAUCUGAUGUUGAAGAAGAUUUCUCACAAAAUUAUUUUAAUACAAAAAGCACGGACACAUAUUCCUUCGCUGUCGUAGAAAAGAGACUUUUGAGAUUUGUCUUUUGAAUUGACACAACGUACGAACUAAUUACAGAGACAUUUUUGUAUGCCUGUCAACGUCCUCUUGGGAUAUUUUGGGCACUUGUAUUUUAUUUCGAAGUGAGGUCUAUGAGGAGAAGGAAACGCGCGACGCAUUUUAUCCACACGCUCGUGCCACGUGCGAAGUUUGAAAAGAAAAUAUAAAAACGCAAAAAAAAAAAAAAAAAAA